AUGCUGUCUAUGUUGAACCGAGUGUUAGACUGGUUUCGAAGUCUUUUCUGGAAAGAAGAGAUGGAACUUACUUUGGUCGGACUUCAGAACUCAGGAAAAACAACAUUUGUCAACGUGAUUGCUAGUGGCCAAUUUACGGAAGACAUGAUUCCAACCGUAGGCUUCAACAUGCGUAAAAUCACAAAAGGCAAUGUUACCAUUAAGCUCUGGGAUAUCGGAGGACAGCCACGAUUCCGUUCAAUGUGGGAAAGAUAUUGUCGUGGAGUAAACGCAAUCGUAUUUAUGGUAGAUGCUGCUGACGAAGAUAAACUGGAGGCUUCUCGAAAUGAACUUGUUCAACUCUUGGACAAACCACAGCUUGAGUCCAUUCCUGUCUUAGUAUUGGGAAAUAAAAAAGAUCUUCCAGGAGCUUUGGAUGAGAGACAACUGAUUGAGCGAAUGAAUUUGUCUGCGAUUCAGAACCGAGAAAUUUGCUGCUAUUCAAUCUCCUGUAAAGAAAAAGAGAACAUUGACCUCACACUUCAAUGGCUUAUUGAGCACUCGAAGAACCAACGCUGA